AUGUCAAAUCCGCCUCCGAAGAAGCGUAGGACUCACUACUAUUCUCAAGAUGUGGAUUUCGAAGCCCUGGCAAAAGUAGAUCCAGAUUUCGCAGCUCUAUCAGCUACCGGAAAGCGCGAGGGGUGGAUCGAUUUCCACGACCCAGAGGUCGUCCAAACACUUACAAAAACCUUACUGAAGCAUGACUUCGGCCUUACCUUGAGUCUACCCGAUGACAGACUUUGUCCACCAGUGCCUGUUCGAUGGAAUUACGUCCGCUGGAUCCAGGACCUACUCGACACAACCUAUGACUCUUACACCGAUUACUACGAUGAAGAACGAGAAGUGGUAGGCCUCGACAUCGGCGUCGGAGCCUCUUGCAUUUACGCACUUCUCGCCUGCUCGAGUCGUCCGGAAUGGCGCAUGGCAGGGACAGACAUCGACGCACACUCCCUCGAACAUGCGAAACGAAACGUCAAGUCUAAUGACCUGGCCGAGAGGAUCCGCCUCAAGCAGACGAAAUCUACAGCUCCAUUGAUACCACUCGAUGAAAUGGGAGUCGAAGAACUCGAUUUCAUCAUGACGAACCCACCAUUCUACUCUUCGGAACAAGAUUUUCUGAACUCCUACAAAGAUCCUGGAAAACCUACUGGUGAAGCUCCAUCUGCAGUUUGCGUAGGCUCGAAGAAUGAAAUGAUAUGUUCCGAUGGCGACGUCGGCUUCGUGACAAGAAUUCUAGGCGAAAGUCUCAAAUUGCGGGCACGUGUACAGUGGUAUACAGCAUUUUUGUCCAAAAUGUCUUCUUUGCAGCAAAUUGUUGCUAAGCUGAAGGAGAAUGGGAUUGAGAAUUUUGCUGUUACGAGUUUACAUCCGGGACAUAGGACGAAGAGAUAUGCUGUGGCGUGGAGUUUUCGGGAUCUGAGACCCAGGAAUGAUGUGGCUCGGCAUGGGGAUUUGGUCUUGCAGGUCUUGCCUAUGGCGACUGCCAAUACGAUCAAGGUGGAAGGGAAGAAGACGAGGGCGCUGGGAGAGGCUGUGAAUGAGGCUAUCGAAGCAUAUGAAGGUGUCAAGUGGGUGUGGAGGCCGUUGCUUGAUGCUGGAGUCAUGCAGUGCAAGGAGGAUGUGUGGAGUGGGAAGGCCAGGAGAAAACGCAAGCAGAAAGAAAAGCUCGCAAGUCUGGGCAAAGACACUGAAGUUGAGCCCAGUCCUAAUGGAGAUGUGGAAGGAGAUGAGAACGAAGUCGGACUGGCGGUCAAGGUCUCGUGCAAAGAUCAAGAAGUCGAGGUCCGCUGGCUGAGAGGUCACGACCAAAUUCUAUUCAACAGCUUCUGUGCUGUACUCAGGCGGGCACUGACUGGACUUCGCUAG